GGAAGUUUUCUAAUGACGACAGCGACACGCUCGUUUGUUUUGAUGGGAGACGGUGGGAAGGCAGCUGAAACUGUCGAGGAGAUGCGAGAUGAACUCUUUAUCGGAAGGAUAUCGUGUCAUUAGUGUUCUCCAACAAACCAAAAUGUACAUGUGUGUAAUAAUAUGGCUGCUCCUCCUGCUUCCUCACACACAGGCUCUCGGGGUUGUCCCAAGAAGAGAUAGGAGAAAUGUCCUUCUCAUCAUGGCAGAUGAUUUGCGGACAUCAUUGGGCUGCUACAGUGACUCUGUGGUAAAGUCGCCAAAUAUUGACCAACUGGCAUCCAAAAGCCAAGUUUUUCUCAAUGCGUAUGCACAGCAAGCGGUGUGUGCUCCCAGCCGUACGUCCAUGUUGACUAGUCGCAGGCCGGACACCACCAGGCUCUAUGACUUCAAGUCCUAUUGGAGAGUCCAUUCUGGAAACUACACAACUCUACCACAGUACUUUAAAUCUAGAGGGUACAUCACCAUGUCUGUGGGCAAGGUAUUUCAUCCAGGUAUUGCCUCCAACUACACUGAUGACUACCCCUACAGUUGGUCCAUCCCUGCCUACCACCCAGCUUCAUUUAGAUAUGAGAAAAAAAAGAUGUGCAAAGGAGACGAUGGCAAACUCUACGCCAACUUACUGUGUGCCGUGAACGUGACGGAGCAGCCUGGGGGAACCCUCCCAGACAUGGAGAGCACAGACGAGGCAGUGAGGCUACUGAAGAGUCGGGUCAGCAAUGAUGAUCCUUUCUUCUUGGCAGUGGGUUUUCACAAACCACACAUACCCUUCAGGAUACCACAGGAGUACCUGAGUCUGUAUCCCAUAGACCAAAUGACUCUGGCUCCUGACCCCAAUGUCCCUGAACUCCUUCCACCUGUGGCCUACAACCCCUGGAUGGAUGUGAGGAAGAGAGAUGAUGUCCAAAAACUCAACAUUAGUUUCCCCUAUGGACCAAUUCCUAAAGACUUCCAGCUGCGGAUCCGUCAGCACUAUUACGCUGCUGUGUCUUAUAUGGAUGCUCAAGUUGGACGGCUGCUUAGCACUCUUGAUGAGCUGCGGUUGACUGACAGCACUAUGGUGGUGUUUACCUCAGAUCAUGGUUGGUCGUUAGGAGAACACGGCGAAUGGGCUAAAUAUUCAAAUUUUGAUGUGACAACACGCGUUCCUCUCAUCUUCUACGUUCCUGGCUUCACCUCACUCGCACGUGAUCGGCUGGGAGAGUCUACAUUUCCCUUUAUUGAUGUCCUCGCCCAGUCAGAGUUCAGCUUUAAGAAUGACCAACUUAUAAGAAACAUCGUGGAGCUGGUAGAUGUUUUUCCUACCGUCUCUUACAUGGCCGGCCUCAAAGCUCCUGAACCUUGUCCUGAUGUUUCUUUUCGGGAGGAGUUGUGUACAGAAGGAGAGAACCUGGCCUACACCUUCUGGCACCGAGAAACAGGAGUUGAAGAGGAAGCCAUAGCUUUUAGCCAGUACCCUAGACCUGCUGAUACACCACAGGUGAACUCUGACCUCCCUGACCUUAAUGACAUAAAGGUCAUGGGGUACUCGCUACGCUCCUGGGACUAUCGAUACACUCUCUGGCUGGGAUUCAACCCUAAAACAUUUCAGGUUAAUGUGUCCGAUGUCCAUGCUGGGGAGUUGUACAUGUUAGCAGACGAUCCUGCUCAGGACAAGAACAUCUAUAGUGACUCUGACCCCAGUGUGAUAAUGACAAAGAUAGCCAGCCUGCCUCACACUGAGAGUCUGCAGAUGCGAAUGAGGCUGCAGCUCCUCUACCUCACAGCAGGGAUGAAAACAAGUAGAAGGAAGGCGUGAUGACGAGAAUAAAACACAACAGAUGGACGGACAGUGACGAGGACAAAGGGAAGAUGGAUGGAUGGAAAAACUUUAGAAAGGGAGAAUGCCUUGAGUAUUUCUUAUAUAAUGCAUACUUGAUUCAGUAUUAUGUGGUAUCACUGUUAGUCUUUCAUGCUCGUGUUCCUUGUUAAGAAGUCAUUGGCAGACAGCUCUGAGUCCAGCACAUGAGCAAAGUGAAGAAGAAAGCACGUGUACUGUUUAAGACAUUUUAAAGAAAUUUAUGUUUUAGUUUUUUUUUUAUUUCCACUGUUAUCGUUAUCACAGGUUAUGUUUCACACCUGCGAAUGACACCAGUGUAAACUUGAUUAAUCACUUGUGAGAAGUGUCCAUCUGAUUUUACAUGACUCCAAUAUUAGCAGCCAGGUUUUUGAUAAUCUACAGCAGUUCAGAGAACAAUAAGAUAUUUGGGGAAAUCAGCUCAUUUGCUUUCUAUCGGAGAGGAAGAUGAGCAGCUCGGUGCUGCUCUCAUGAGGCUAGCCUUCUAGCUAGCAGGCGCUUGGUUUAGCAUUAAGACUAGAAGCAGGGGGAAAGAGCUGGCCUAGCCAUUUAAAGCUUGAACUUUUUUAUCUUUGUUUAAUGUGUGCAGAACUGACUGUCAGCAGAAAUGACAAGUUUAAGUUUCCAAGACCUGAGUGCGCCCGGGCAGAAUGUUCCAGCACUUAACCCCCCAUAAAACCACAGCUUGUCAACAACUUGUACAAACAGAGCUAAAACAUGUUAAUAAGUAAUAUUAAGGGGUUCUGACUGGAGUUACUUAUAAGUGUUACUAGACCCAGGCUAGCAGUUUCUCUCUGCUUCCAGUCUUUAUGCUAAGCUAAUUGCUAGCUGGCUCAUAUUUAGCAUACAGACAUGAGUGUGGUAUAGGUCCUCUAAUGUGACUCUGGGGGCAAAUCAAAUAGCAUAUUUCCCUAAAUGUGACACAUCUAACUCCCAAAGAACACACAUCUGAGCAGCUGAACCAGGCAGCCUUUUUGUCAGACAACUUUACUUAGAAGCAUGGACUCCUGAAAGACACGUCUGAUUGGCUGUGACCGUACUGGCUCCUCUGUGAAAAUCCUUACAUCACAUUUUACAAUCCGUUUUCUGCUAAUAUGUCUUUUCAUCUUAGGGAAUAUUGAGGAAACCUGAAGAAUUACUCCUUUUGGCUAAUAGCAACACCAGUUUCUCUUUUUGGAAUAAGUGCUCUUGGGUAUACUAUUGAUCAUCCAGUCUGCUUCAAGUGGAGGCCAUUCACCUGAAAGUACAACAGCUAAAAGGGACUUGCUCAGUUUUGUACUGUAGUGUUAAACAAUAUGACAUUUCUAUUUACACAAGAUGUCACUAGCAGCUAUUUACCUCCCUCCUUGUAAACAGCCAGUUCAGAUCAAUUUGUGGACCCAAAAUGAAGUGAGUAACAAGCACCCAUAAUAAUUCAAUGCAAAUGAAACGGAGUGUUGCUACGUUUUACUGCUGUUCCAAGCAUGAACAUUUUGUGCUGUGGCAAUUUAGAAGAAAGCAAUUUCAGCUUGAAUUCCAGGGCCAACAAUGAAUCGAGGGGAUGUGGUCUGUCAACUUUUAUUGUAGGCUGCACUGGCUUCAUGUUAAUGGGAUAUAGAUGAAUCAUGUCGUUUUAUCAUGUUGGGAUGUUGACGAUGUCUUAAGAUGGAAUUAGCUAAUUUUUGUAUUUCUGCCUCUCUUGACCUCAUUGCAUUUGUGCUGUUAGCAGGUGUCCGUGUGUCAUGUAACACAUUUAACAUAAUGGAAAGUGGAUAUAAUUUAAACUGUCCAUACACACACUGACAGUGGUAAAAAAUUAGCUUAUCCUUGAGUUUGGUUGCGUCAGAGCAGCUUGGAGUCUGAGCUUCAGUUUUCUGAGGGGAAAAUAAAAAAUAAAUGCUGCAGAAAUAAUUCAAAUCUCUAGCUUUGCAAGGACACACUGUUAAUAUAUUAAUGUCUGUUUCGAUUGGUUUCUAAGAAUUUGCCAGCAAAAGUUGACUGACUUUUUUGGUAACUUAUGAUCACAACCUCCUCUAGUUUGUUUGUGUCUGUAUUUUUGUGUGUGCCAGCGUGUGUGCGUCCUGUACACUUUGCUGCCUGUACGUACACACCCCAUCACUCUGUUAUUGUAAAGCUGCAGAGUAGUGAGGGAGCUCCUCAGGGACUUCUCCAGUUUUCUGUCCUUCCUUACUCUGUCAUUUCCCUCCAUGCAGGCGCCUCGCUCUCUGGCACUGGAAGAAUUGGGACCGAACUGAACCUUUCCUAAUUCGUGCACGAUUCCACAGAGUCAAUCUCUCCGGACAACACAAACGGUUAAAAGCCUUGUAAUUGCAUUUUGAAAUAUAGCAUGAAUUCAGUCUCAUGCCUUUAGUUUUUUUUGUUUUUUUUUACCGUUUUCAAUUUCCAGGCAAUCAUGCAGAACCAUGUGUAGAACUCAGCUUGAAGUGAAGUCUGUAUGCUACAAAUGAAAAGUCAAAAAUAUCCAAAAGACCAGGGAAGCACUUGACAUCUCUCCCCUGCCAAUUUCACCUUUUCUAAUAAUUUCUUCUCCUCUUUUCAUUCCAUUUAUCUUCCUGUCUUUUGAACACAUCAACAUUCAUAUUGGCUCAUCAGUUGCAGUCGUACAUUUCUUUAUGAUCUUUUUGUAACUUUGUAACUGUAUAAUGGAUAGUUAAUGAUUAAAAGCAUUUGCAAAGUAUCAGCAAAAUUUACAGUACACAAGAACACAAUAUUCCAAUAUCAAUCAUUUUUGCAUCACAUGCUAUGAAAUCAUGUUAUAUUUAUUAAACGGAUUAUAUAUAAAUUAUGUUAUAUUUUUUUCAGGAACAGUCAAAAUCACAAGGCACCUUAAAUUGACAUAGCAAACUUGUUAGCAUAGCAAACUGUUACCUGUUCACACAUCCAGAAAGUUUCUUAUUUACACCAGCAGAGCAACGUUGGUAUUCAUUUAGGGUUGUGUUCCUGUCUACCUGGUGAAAGUAAGUCCAAUAUUCACUUUUAGCUCUGUUUUUGGUCUCCACCAGCCACCACCUGAGCGAAAUAGGCUCUGUAGCCACUUAAUGCUACGUUCACCGGACAGUUGCAAACUUUGUCUGUCUGCUGCUUGGUGCUAGGCAGGUGGUGGACAGUGGGUUUAUCAGAGCUUUUUCAGCUUGAUUGUCAUUGUCAUGUUUUGAAAUGGAGGUCUGAGUGCAGCUCUAACGGCUCUCUUCUACUCUGCCUGUAUUCAUGUCAGCUCAUAUUUCUGCCUCAGUAGUUUUAUUGGAUCAAUAUUUAUCAUCACAAGCAGUGAUCUCUGACCAUGAUUAAAUUGAUCUAAUAGCAAUUACAUUA